AUGGCGCUCGACGACGACGAUGGUGGCCUCUCAAGACUCCGGACGCCGCCAUCGACGCAGUUACAGCUAGCGGUGCAGCACAACCGAUACAGACAGCUCCUGCGCACGUUCCUCUCGUGGAAACGGCAUGCGCAGACGCAGCGUGAGCGACGAAAAAGAUGGAGACUUGCAAGCACAAAAAAUGGCAAGGGUUCUGCAAAAUAUUCCAAAGGGGUGGCACGGGUGCGUUCGCUGCUUGCAAUUCGACGUUGGAAAGGUUUUAUGAAGAUGAAGAAAGACCGAGAUGCUCUACAACAGCGAGCCUACUUCUUUCUGUAUUACUGGCUGCUCAAGCGUUCGUUGAACCAGCUCGGUCGCUAUACACUAGUCAAGAAACGAGACCGUCUGCUGACUGUCAAAAUCAUGAAAGCGAAUCGACACCGCAUACUGAUAAAAACAAUGCAAAACUGGCGACUGCGACUACAGCUGCUUCGAGUAUUUACGCUCUGGAAAAGUUAUGUGCGGCGGCGACAUCAACAGGCACUUCUGUACGGACCAAUUGCUGAGGCGCUGAAGCACAAGACGCACCAUCGUCUUCUCCUAUUCAUGUUUGCUAUUUGGGAGAAGAAACAUGCACAAACGCAAGCACAGCAUGCCCUUAUUCGUAUUGUUGACCGUCAUUUGUACCGGAAAAUAUGUGAAAGAGCGUGGAAAACGUGGAAAACCAAGGCACAUCAGCUUACUCAAGUGGAGUCUUGUCAGCGUCGCUAUCAAGAGCGAUCACUGCGGCGAGUAUGGAAUGCGUGGAGUACUCGAACACGAGAAAAAGAAUUGCGCGAACAGCAAAGACGUCGAGCCGUGCGUCACUAUUAUUUGGCACUUUUACGUAAGGGAUUCCAUGGAUUUCGAGCGUGGCAUGCUGAGCGACAACUUGCGUUAAACCGAGUAGAUACUAUGCAAGACGCAGCAGAUUUCAGGAUGCUGGCGCUAACUUUCUCACGUUGGGAUCACUAUACUAGCGAGAGAAAGCUGCAAGCGCACAAGAGUGAGCGCGCUACGCGUCAUUAUGACUCUCGGCUGCUAAAACACGUUUGGUCAAAAGGGUUUCAGCGCUUUUAUUCCAGAGCAUUGUCAAAGAAAAGAAUGCUGCGAGCGGCAAAGGAUCACAACUACACUCGAACAGUGAGGCGUAGCUUUGAUACAUGGAAGUAUUUGUGGCAAGCUGAGCGCAAUCGUGGCCAAGUUUUGGACAAGAAGGUGCGAGAAUUUUUGGGCGAAAAAGAACGAGUUAUCAAGGGGAAAUGCUUGGAGAACUGGUCAGAGUUUGCUCGCGCGAAAGCAGCCAGAAGGAUCGUAAAUGCUCAAGUCCGGGGCCAAGCACAGCGACGAACUCUGCAAAAGUAUUUGUCACAUUGGAUAACGUUUGUCUCUGUUCUACGGUGGAAGCAAAUAACUCAAGCACGAGCUGAACAGCACUACAAGUCGGUAAUCUGGAGGAAAUGUUUCGAACGGUGGCGACAAAAUGUAGCUCUGCGUCAGUGCUACCGUAAGAAGACGCGUAUGUCGCUGGUGCAUUGGAAAUUGACGCUGCAACGCAAAGCAUUUGACGGGUGGAAGCAGUAUUUAAAUCUCAAGAGGAUGAAGCAGCAUCGUAUCCAUGAAGCGCUUGAGUUUCGCCACGAGCAGUUUGUACGUCAAGGUUUGCGUCAUUGGAUGACAGCUGCUCUGUCUUUGCAAGAGCAGCGUGAACAGCAAGUGGCGCGUACUCAAGCAAGCAACACGACGCAUGUUUGGCGUAAGGUUGCAGCGAUAGCUCGACACUGGCGUUACCUCGCUAUUCGAAGGCGAGGUCUAAAGGAAAAGGGACAAUCUUUAGACAUGAGAGGUGCACCGCGACGAGUUCAAGAAGAGAUAUCUCCGCUAUCAGAAUUCGUAUUGCUGCCAAGGAACCGACCACAACCUCGAAGACCAGUCGAAGUUCUCUUGCCGUUAGAAGCAGAAAACUUACCAAGACCCGACGAGAACACGAACAUGCACGAAGCUCUACGAUGUGGCUUUGACUUUCCAGCUGAACCAUUUGUACCGCUAAACCUGCCGUCGAAAAAUGUGGUCGAGCCAGCCAAUUCUCUUCGAAAACGUCCAUCUAACGCUCCAGCGCCUGUGAGAGAGCACAGUGCACACCGAAAUCCAUCCCCUGCUCCCCCAAUAAUGCCACCAAGGGAUAAUAUUGAUGAUCUGGGUCUGCCGGAUACAACAGCAAGACAAUUAGACGUGUUGGAACGACGAUUAUUGACACUGAGUCAGAGAAAAAGAGAGUGGAAGGCUUCUCAGCAACAACUCGAGGCAUUACGUGAAGAAGCUGAGUCAAAUCCAAGUCUAAUGCCGAAUGUUCGGGCAAUGGAGGAGCAACACGCGAUUCGUACAAAGCGGUGGUUUCACACAAAAGAGCGAAUUCGUUCUCUAGCGUCCGAGAUCCAACACUUGAGAAGAGUUCUGCAGCGAUAG